UUUCUUAUUAUUUGUGAAUUUGAGUAUUAAAAUUUAAUUUUUAUUGCUUUUUUCAUCUUCUUGCUUUUAUAAAGAAAACAUUUUGCUUUAUAAAAUUUAAAAGAGAAGAAGUUAAACUUAAGGAAAUAAUUAUAAAUAGAAUUUUUUAAUAUUACAAAAUGAUGUUAAUUAUUUUGAUUUUUAUUACAAUAAAUUUAAAUCAAAAUUUUCUUAAUGCAGAAGAAAAUGAAGUAAAACAUUUUUGCCGAGUUAAGAAAAAUAACUUGCCAGGGUAUUGCACAAUUUCAAGAGCAUGCCUUUCAGUUUAUAAUGAAAUAAAGAGGGGAGAUAGAAGUUUUACAUCAUGUCAAAUUCCAAAUCAACCCACAAGACAAUUACAUGUUUGCUGUCCAGAUCAAUCAAUUAAGGACCCAAAUGAAAACGACGAAUUAAAUAAUUACCCUUUAACCAGAACAUAUCAAAAAAAAUGCAAAGAAUAUCAAGAAGCUUCAUAUGUUUACAUAAAAUCGUAUCCAGUAGCAAAUGAACCAGAAGUUCUUAUAAAAAAGAGUAAAUGUGGGCAUAAAGUUGAACCACUUGUCGUAGGUGGAGUUGAUGUAAAACCAAGAGAAUUUCCUCAUAUGGCAAGCCUUGGCUUUAUAGAACAAAUUAAAAAUAAUGAUAAUACAACUACAAAUAUAACAAAUUGGAAAUGUGGUGGAAGUUUAAUAAGUGAACGAUAUGUUCUUACUGCUGCACAUUGUUUUAUACAAAAUGGAGUUUCUCCAAAAGUAGUACGAGUCGGUGAAAUAGAUUUUUCAAGUAAUGAUGAAGAAUCUGAACCAGAAGAUUUUUUAAUUGAUGAAUUAAUACCGCAUCCAGAUUACAAAAAAGAUUUUUUCUAUAACGAUAUUGGCUUGAUUCGAUUACAGAAGGAUGUUAAAAUAAAUCCAUUUAAAAGACCAGCUUGCUUACCAUCAUUUCCAAUAUCCAAUGAUAUUAAUAGAGCUAUUGCAAGCGGUUGGGGUGCUACAAAUACAUUGGGUAUAGGAACAAAUGAAAAAUUAUUAAAAGUUACUCUAGAAAAAUUUACGUAUGAUGAAUGCAUUGGAGUUUAUCAACAAUUUAGUGAAAAUAAUUAUUUUUCAAAUGGUAUAGAUAAACGUACACAAAUCUGUUAUGGCUCACAUAAUGAAAGUAAAGAUACUUGUAAUGGUGAUUCUGGUGGUCCACUUCAAUUAUAUGUAACACAUAAAGAUAUUAAUUGUAUGUAUGAAAUUAUUGGUGUAACAUCAUUUGGUAUCCUUUGUGGUAUUAGAAAUAUACCAGCUGUUUAUACAAAAGUUUAUCAUUAUAUUGAUUGGAUUGAGAAUAUUGCCGCAGAUUGUUUUAUGACAACUCCAAGCGUAGACUUCGGAUUAAAUAAAGUUCGUCAGUCAAUAACUACUUGUACUUUGAAAAAUACUGGAUUGCCUGGCGUGUGUAAGACCUUAAGGCAAUGUGCUACCGUUUUUCAAGACAUAAAAUCUGGAAGAAGAGAUUUUACUAUAUGUGAAAUGAAUAAUGGAGUAUUAUUGGUCUGCUGUCCUCAAUCAACAUAUACAACAACUACGCAGACCCCAACUGAUAAAUUAAAAAAUAUAUCCAUGAUAAAAUGUCGUGAAUACGCUGCAGCUGUAUUCCAGAAAACUUAUUCUAUUCCUCUAACGGCUGGAUCGCAACCACGUGAAAGACCUACAGAUACAUGUGGCGUCAAAACAAUACCACUUAUAGUAGGGGGUCAAUUGGCGUCUUCACGUGAAUUCCCACAUAUGGCUUUAUUAGGUUAUGGCGAAGAUAAAAAAAAUAUUAAAUGGGCUUGUGGAGGUACAUUAAUAAGUGAGAGAUUUAUUUUAACUGCUGCACACUGUAUUAACACUCGAUUGGGAACGCCAAAACACGUUCGUCUUGGUGAAUUAGAUCUUAAUGUUGAUGAUGACGACUCAGAGGAUUUUGAAGUAGAGGAGUCCAUUGUUCAUCCAGAUUUCAAACGUUUAUCUAAAUACAAUGACAUUGCGUUAGUUAAGCUUAACCGUAAUGUGACUUUCAGUCCAAAUAAGAGACCAGCUUGUUUACCAGUGCAACACGACAGUAAUGCUACAAGAAGCAUUGCAACCGGUUGGGGCAAAACAGAGUGGGCAGGAAGCGGUUCGGAACAUUUACAAAAGGUUACUUUAAAGAAGUUUACCGAAUCGGAAUGCAAUAAAACAUAUGCUGCUUAUUCCAACGCUUUACCUAGAGGAAUUCAAUAUGAAACUCAAAUAUGUGCUGGAUCAAAAUACGAAGCAAAAGACACAUGCCAAGGGGAUUCUGGUGGCCCUUUACAGAUAUAUCAUACUAAUGAAUAUUGUAUGUAUCAAAUUAUUGGAAUUACGUCAUUUGGUAUAUUGUGUGGUUCACCCGGAGUCCCUGGUGUAUACACAAGAGUAUUUCCGUACAAUGAUUGGAUUGAGCGAAUCGUCUGGAAUUAAAUAAGAAAAAUUCAUACAAACACACCAAUUAGUUGUAAGAUGUCAUAUGCAUAUUAUAGAUAUAGUUAAGAAUGGUUUCAAUUUUCAGUCUUUUCGCUCCAUUCAUAACAAAUAAGGGAACAGACAUCUACAAAAAAUAAACAUAGAUCUAAACCAAAAACAUAAUUUA